AUAGAAGAAGUGUUCAUUCAGCCAUUACCUUCAGGCAGCCACAGGCAGGUCGGAGCCGUUCAGUGGAGGACAGGUCAUUAACAAUCAGGGGGAAAAUGUUGUCCGUGAGAGUUGCAGCUGCAUUGGCCAGGAGCCUGCCUAGGAGGGCUGGAUUUGUGUCCAAGACGAUCCCGGCCGCCUGCGUUGGGGUCAACCACCUCCACACACAUAGACCAUGGCUGCAGAAGACUGGCACAGCUGAGGUGUCAUCAAUCUUGGAGGAGAAGAUCCUGGGUGCAGACACCUCUGCUGACCUUGAGGAGACCGGGCGUGUGCUGUCAAUUGGAGACGGUAUUGCCAGAGUGUACGGACUGAGAAAUGUCCAGGCUGAAGAGAUGGUUGAGUUCUCCUCUGGUCUGAAAGGCAUGUCUCUCAACUUGGAGCCUGACAACGUUGGUGUUGUGGUGUUCGGUAACGACAAGCUGAUCAAGGAGGGUGAUAUUGUGAAGAGGACUGGAGCCAUUGUGGAUGUUCCUGUGGGUGAAGAGCUGCUGGGACGUGUGGUGGACGCUCUAGGAAAUGCCAUUGAUGGAAAGGGUCCUUUGGGCUCCAAAAUUCGUAGGCGUGUGGGUUUGAAGGCCCCUGGCAUCAUCCCUCGUAUCUCUGUGAGGGAGCCCAUGCAGACUGGAAUCAAGGCUGUGGACAGUCUGGUGCCCAUCGGUCGAGGCCAGCGUGAGCUGAUCAUCGGAGACAGGCAGACUGGCAAAACCGCCAUCGCCAUCGAUACCAUCAUCAACCAGAAGCGCUUCAACGAUGGAACCGAUGAGAAGAAGAAGCUGUACUGUAUCUACGUGGCCAUUGGACAGAAGAGGUCCACUGUGGCUCAGCUGGUGAAGAGGCUGACUGACACGGAUGCCAUGAAGUACACCAUCGUGGUCUCUGCCACUGCCUCCGAUGCUGCUCCUCUGCAGUACCUGGCUCCGUAUUCUGGCUGCUCUAUGGGAGAGUACUUCAGGGACAACGGAAAGCACGCUUUGAUCAUCUAUGACGAUCUUUCCAAACAGGCUGUUGCCUACCGUCAGAUGUCCCUGCUGCUGCGUCGUCCUCCUGGUCGUGAGGCUUACCCUGGCGAUGUGUUCUACCUGCACUCCCGUCUGCUGGAGAGAGCUGCCAAGAUGAACGACAACUUUGGAGGUGGUUCUCUCACCGCCCUGCCUGUUAUUGAAACUCAGGCUGGUGAUGUGUCUGCCUACAUCCCCACCAACGUCAUCUCCAUCACAGACGGACAGAUCUUCUUGGAGACUGAGCUGUUCUACAAGGGCAUUCGCCCAGCUAUCAAUGUGGGUCUGUCUGUGUCCAGGGUGGGUUCUGCUGCCCAGACCAGAGCCAUGAAACAGGUGGCCGGUACCAUGAAACUGGAGCUGGCUCAGUACCGUGAGGUGGCAGCUUUCGCUCAGUUUGGUUCUGACUUAGACGCUGCCACCCAGCAGCUCCUUAACAGGGGCGUUCGUCUCACUGAACUGCUGAAGCAGGGACAGUACUGUCCCAUGGCCAUCGAGGAGCAGGUAGCAGUAAUCUAUGCCGGUGUCAGAGGUCACCUGGACAAGAUGGAGCCCAGCAAGAUCACCAAGUUUGAGAAGGCCUUCCUGCAGCACAUUCUCAGUCAGCACCAGGACCUACUUUCUGCAAUCAAGACCGACGGCAAGAUUUCAGAGCAAUCGGAUGCUAAAUUGAAGCAGAUUGUACUUAACUUCCUGUCCAGUUUUGAGUAAUUGCACCUCCCUUGAUCUUCAGUGAGCUACAUGUCUGUGUCCCUGUCGUGCUUAUGUGAACACACUGAAGGCCGAAACCUCCAUGUACAGAUUUCUCCAAAUAAAAUUUUACAACACCGCUCUGCUGUAAAGCUCAUUUAAGAUGUAACGGAUUAUUUAAGAGAGAAAACUGCUCACAUUUCUGAGUUUGAGGUUUCUGAGGAAUCUCCCAUCGAAUCAGUUUUUUUUUAAUCAGUUCCAUUAGUUUCUCAACUGUUUCCAGAUGGAAAGAAAUGUCUCAUAAUAAACUCUCACACAGGAA